AUGUAUGAACUAGGACUGUGUGUAAAGAUCAAUGAAGGAUGUACUUCUGGAUUAAAAUGUAACAAGAAGACAGCAUGUUCCUGUGAAAUGUCUGAUGGCAGUGGAAUAAUUGAUCUUUCAAGUCUAGACAGUGGUGGAAGUGGACCAAGAUUUACCAUAAUUUCUUCAUCUGACGUUUUUGGCCAUUAUGAACUGAUCGAACGUGCCUAUAAUCCAUGUACAACAUUUGUGCCAAAGGAAUCUGGACAAUGCCCAAAGAAGCAGAUGUAUCUUUACAGCUAUAACUUAGUUAAAGAUCAAGGACAUGUUGUUACUAAUUCAUGUUCAAUUUUGGGUACUCCCGACGAUGUCAAGUUUGUCUACAAUGAAUCAGAUAACCAUACUACAAUUCAGUAUAAAGUGGGGGCCAUAACAACAGAUAUAAAUCUUAUAUGCAACAAAACGAUUGACUACAAUGGAGACUUCUCAAUCAAAAGAGUGAAUGAGACAACAUAUAUCGGAUCCAUCAUAUCGCCAUGUGCCUGUAGAAAUGGAUGCCAACAAAACAUAAUUUACUAUGUCAUAUUUGGUAUUGCCAUCUUGAUUGUGGUAAUACUUUCAUUCUGUGCUGUAGGUAUGGUGUACAAGAGGUGUAAAGGUGCUAGAGGUUGGGAGAUGAUUCCAUUUUGUGGCUGCAAGAAGAAAGGCUAUACUGAGAUAAAUUAAAGAUUUUUAUUAUUUAACAUUUUUUCACCAAACAUACAAGUGCCUAACUAAAAAUGGCAUCACUCAUAUGAUUGAGUGUAUUGUAAGGUGUUAGUUAAAUAAUACGGUCCAUUGUGUUUAAAGAAAUAUAAAGAACAUAUAUUGGGGUGGCUUUGUAUAAAAAAUCUCACACCUC